AUGACAGAAUUAAACAAUCUUUACUACGACUAUGACUAUGAUUAUAACUCCACUGCUGCAUUUGACCCGGAGACUCCGUGUUUCAGCGACAGCAAGACUGGAUGGCACAGCUUCCAGGUGGCCUUCUACAUCCUGGUCCUGGUGGUUGGACUGAUGGGUAAUUCCCUGGUGGUGGCAACGUUCGGCCGCUACUGGCGCUCGCGGCGCCGGGGCCUGACGGACGCGUUCCUGCUCCACCUGGCGCUGUCCGACCUCCAGCUGCUGCUCUCCCUGCCCCUGCAGAUAGCUGAGGCGCUACACGGCUGGCUGUUCGGGGGCGCCCUCUGCAGGUUGACCCGGGGACUGCGCUCGGUGAACACCUACAGUGGCCUGCUGCUGCUGGCCUGCAUCAGCGCCGAGCGCUACACAGUGGUGGUGAGGCGUUCUGGCACAGGAUCGGGUUCUCGUCGGGGGAAGAACGGCAGCUCCGGGGGUACACGCUGUCAGAUCGGGGUCGGCAGCGGUUUGUGUUGCUGUCGCCGCGUCACCCUCCAGGCCUUGGCCGCCUGCUCCAGCGUGACCCUGGCCGCUGUGGCGCUCAGCUUCCCCGACUUCCUCUUCUCAGAGGUGGAGGACGACGGCGAGGACAAGGUCGCGUGCGGCCUGAACGUGUGGACGGCGGAUGCCAGCCAGGUCAAGAUGGCGCUCAGCGGCUCCAUGAUCGCCGGCUUCUGCGGGCCCUUCGUCAUCAUGGCCACCUGCUACACGGCCAUCGGCUGCGUCCUGGCCAGCGGGGGCGUUCCCGGGGCCCACCACGCGGGGAAACAGCACAGCGGCGGCGGUGGCGGCUGGCGGCGUCAGCGCACCCUCCGCCUGAUGGUGGCGCUGGUGCUGCUCUUCCUGCUGUUCCAGCUGCCCUACACGCUGGUGCUGGUGCUGAAGCUGGUGCUGAGCGUGGAGCAGCACUCCUGCUCUCUGCUGCUGUGGGAGAGCGUGACCUGCAGCCUGAGCUACACCCGCUGCUGCCUCAACCCGCUGCUCUACGCCCUGGUGGGCGUCAGGUUCCGUAGCGACGUGCUGCGGUUGCUAGGAGACGCCGGGUGCUGCAGCGCCGGGAGCCGGCUCCGCCUCCUCUUGCCCUCCUCGCUCUCGCUGCGUCUGACCUCUGACCCCGGCGACAGCAGUUCCGCCGCCUCACCGGCGUCCACCUCGUCGCCCCCGGUGACCACCACCACCACUGUUACCUGCACGACUCAGCUGUCACCCAGAUCGCCCGCCUCGCCACUCGUGACCACACCCACGCCCCGUAACGCCGACGUGACGAGCUGCAAGCCGAGAGUGUUUGUGUAUCCUAGCGUUUUGCCCAAAUAA